GCAAAAUAGAAGUAGAAUGGCAGCACUACUUUCUACAAAAACAUUAGAUUGCAAAGACCUUCAUGGUUAUUUAAAAACGCUUUCGUCUUACACUCUUGACAGAUUGUACAAUCACCCGGCAACAUGUCUUGCCGUUUUCAGGGAAUUGCCACAGUUAGCCAAGCACUACAUUAUGCGCCUGCUGUUGAUUGAUCAGCCAGUAUCUCAGGCAGUGAUUGGAUUAUGGGCGAACAACAAAUAUAUCAAUGAUCACAGGCGGGCAGUUCAAGCCCUUACUGAUCUACGUAUCUGGUACGAGAAGCCGUUGCCAGGGGGUAUGCAGGGUCGCAUGGUGAACGCUACAUUCAAGGCCAACAUGAAGACUGCGCUGCUUGGCGGUGGUAAGCCAUGGACGGGACGUGGUGGGGGAGUGCUGCCCCCUGACAAGAACAGUAGGGAUGUGGAGUUCCUGGAUAAGUAUGCCCUCGAGAGGUGGGAGUGUGUGCUUCACUUCAUGGUGGGAUCCACUGAAGGGGCAGACGGGGUCAGCAGGGAUACCAUUGAGGUGCUCAAACACUCGGGCCUCAUGAAAGUAGAGGAGGGUGACCCAGUCCCAUACAUCACGCCGGCCGGGUUCCAGUUUCUCCUGAUGGACACAGGGUCUCAGGUCUGGUACUUCAUACUGCAGUACCUUGACAUGACAGAUUCCCGAGGCCUGGACCUGGUGGAGUGUCUCUCAUUGAUGUUCCAGCUUAGCUUCUCCACUCUAGGAAAGGAUUAUAGCACGGAAGGCAUGAGUGAUGGUCAAUCACGGUUUCUGCAGCAUCUUAGAGAGUUUGGACUGGUAUACCAGAGAAAGAGGAAGGAAAAGCGAUAUUACCCCACUCGGUUAGCUAUCAAUCUAGCGUCAGGAUUGUCAGGAAUAGUAACGGACUCUCACAGACAAGGGUAUAUUGUUGUGGAAACCAACUACAGACUCUAUGCUUACACAGAAUCAUCACUUAACAUCGCUUUACUGGCGUUAUUUUCUGAGAUGUUGUACCGCUUUCCAAACAUGGCGGUGGCAAACUUGACCAGGGACAGCGUGAGAGCAGCUCUAAUAAGAGGCAUCACAGCAGAGCAGAUCAUAAGUUUCCUGAAGUCACAUGCACAUUCUGAGAUGGUAAAACAGACGCCAUCACUGCCUCCAACCAUCGUAGAUCAGGUGCGUCUAUGGGAGCUGGAGAGGGACAGGUUCAAGUUUGACGACGGAGUUUUGUACAGUCAGUUCCUGUCGCAAGCAGAUUUUGAAAAACUCCGUGACUUUGCAAAGUCAAUGUAAAGCAAAGUGAAAAUGGCUAUAUGCAACUAGAAUAACACCAGAAAAGCCUGCGAGUAACUAUAGCAGUCUGGUCAGGUUUUGUGCUGUAAGCUGCCUAUCAGUAUCCGUUGGAAAUGCAACCUUAAAAACUUGAAUCUUAUAAGACAGUUAUUUGAUGGAAAAAGAUUGGAUUUUUUAAGGGCUUAAAAAUCCAUGAAAAUGUGUAUCUAUGGAGAAAAGGGU